CCUGCUUUCCUCCAGGAAACAGUCACUCCUGCAAUCAGGCAGGUCCAUACCUAAGGCAGCUGAGGCCUGGAGAGUCCCUUUCUGAUGAGUCCCAAAGAAAGAUUUAGCAUUCGUCCUCUCUGGCCCCUGCCUGUCCCUGAUACCAGUGGCUGACAGCCAUCUUCCUUGUCCCCUCCUGCUCCUCUUUGGGGCCACCUCCCCCACGCUGCCUCCAGUCACGAGGCAGGAGAAUCUUAAGCUCGUGCAAAGCGUCAGACCUGAAUUGGACUCUCCAUUUCCCCAUGCAGCUGGAUGAUCUUGGGAAAGUUAUAAAACCUGUUUCCUCACUUAUAAUAUGGAGCUUCAUAAUCAGACGUUUUUUACGGGGCUGUUCCAAGGAUUCAACUGUGUUAAAUGUCAGGCAAGCUAGUGGGUGCUUACAAAUGGCAGCCGCAGCUCCUUAGCACCCGCUCUGUCCAGACUAAACGCUCACACAACACAUUUACCACUCCUUCACCCGUUCUCCUUAGAUGGUAUUUUCUAAACCUUUAGCCACUGUUCAGCUUCCCUGUGAUUCCCUAAGUUAUGGAUCUUUGAGCUCUGAAAGGACAAAGUGGGUGGUGGGAGAGGAAGCUGCAUCGUUGAGCACCUACAGGUGGCUGAAUACAUGUAUCCUCACUGCAGUUGUGUUAUUCUCAUGUCACAGAUGAGGAAGCUGAGGCCCAGGGACAUCCAGUCCUCUGCCCGAGGUUACACGCGUGGGGAAGAAGGGGAGAACUGAGAUCUGGGCCUGGGUCUGCCUGACUUUCCUCCUCACCCCUUUGCCUCUGCAUGAUGUCAGAAAGUUCAUUUUAGAAAUUUGUAGGCCAUGACAUUGUGUAUUUUCUGGACCAGUUAUUAACUUUUUGGCUCCAAGGAGAUCCUCCUGGCCAGGUGCCUGGGAGCAGUAGACAGGUGUCUCGGGGAAAGUCCUAGCAAAUCCUGAACUAUUAGCGCUACAGGUUAGCCUUUCUUCUAGAAGGAAGACAGAAAAUCCAAGGGAGUGGUUGGGAGGGGUCCCAGGAAAGGGGAACAGCAGGAAUAUAUGUGAGAAAAUAGAAGGGCUCUGAUGAAGUAGCCCAGUUCUAUUACCAAUAAAAUUGUUUCCCAGGCUUCCCUGGUGGCGCAGUGGUUAAGAAUCUGCCUGCCAACGCAGGGGACACGGGUUCGAGCCCUGGUCCGGGAAGAUCCCACAUGCCGUGGAGCAACUAAGCCCAUGCGCCACAACUACUGAAGCCCAUGUGCCUAGAGCCCGAGCUCCGCAACAAGAGAAGCCACCACAAUGAGAAGCCCGUGCAGUACAAUGAAGAGUAGCCCCCGCUCGCCACAACUGGAGAAAGCCUGCAUGCAGCAACAAAGACCCAACGCAGCCAAAGUUGCAGGGCGCAGAGUAGGAAAGGGUCGAUCUGCGCCGAAGGGCAGAAGUGGCAUCAGAGACAACCUGCCUGCCUGUCAACUGCCCAUAAGGCUGUGUGUGAGCCAAGGCGGUGCAGUCAGAGGUGAUGCAGGAGACCAACCGGGUGCAGAACAGAGGCCUGCAAAGAUGAGUGGACUUCGACCCCCUUAGAGAGAAAGCAAGAGUGACUCACAGGAGGAAGAUGAAACCAAAGCUUCCAGGCUGUCCCUGGUAGGCUCAGACAGUCCAAAGGCAGCAGAGGGAAGGAGAGAAAGUCCUGAGAUGGAGAGCUGGCCAAGAGCUUCCUGAAGACCAUGCAAAUGAGGCACGCCCACAGCUGCCUGGAAACCAGGCCGGGAGAAGUCAGAGCCCAGAGCACAUGCUGCAGGGCCGUGCUAGGCAAAGGAGCUGGAGGAGGUGGAGGAGGCACCAAGGGAGCAGGACAUCUCCUGCCAGACCUCCCAGUGUCUGGUCUGAGGAUGGCGGAGAAGCAGAGCCGGGAGCCAGAGUGCCCUGUGUGCUGGAACCCCUUCAACAACACGUUCCACACCCCCAAAGUGCUGGACUGCUGCCACUCCUUCUGCGUGGAAUGCCUGGCCCACCUCAGCCUGGUGACUCCGGCCCGGCGCCGACUGCUGUGUCCGCUCUGUCGCCAGCCCACUGUGCUGGCCUCCGGACAGCCUGUCACUGACCUGCCCACGGACACUGCAGUGCUCACCCUGCUCCGCCUGGAGCCCCACCACGUCAUCUUGGAAGGCCGCCAGCUCUGUCUCAAAGAUGAGCCCAAGAGCCGCUACUUCCUGCGCCAGCCCCGGGCCUACACGCUGGAACUCGGCCCCGGGCCUGGGAGCCAGACUGGGCCCCCCCGGGACGUGGCCCCUACCACCAUCCCCAGCCCCAUCCCCAGCUCCAACCACGACUCUCUGAGGGGGUGUUUCCGCAACCCGCAGUUCCGGAUCUUUGCCUACCUGCUGGCUGUCAUCCUCAGCGUCACUCUGUUGCUCAUCUUCUCCAUCUUUUGGACCAAGCAGUUUUUUGGGGGUGUGGGGUGAGCAUCUGUUCCAGACAAAGAACCACGCCUUUCUUGGUUGCUGCUGGGUAUGAGGACUGCAGAGCCUCAUUUGGGGUCGUCUUCCUUUGUAGUAUUGUUCUUUUUUACAAUCCAGGGAUCGGCUAGGCUGUGCAUCUGCUUCUGGGAAUGGAGACAGUCCUACUAUAAUGAGAACCUCUGAAAGCUAAUGGGAAAAGAUAUGAAGAGAGCUCUGGGUGUGAACCACGAGUCAUGGAAGGGCCGAGAAGCAGAUCUGUGAUGCCAGGGCUACGUAGCAUGUUGUACCAAAGGGCUGGGCGAUGGCAUCCAGGAACCUGACCCACUCAGACAGCAAGCUGCAAUUCUUACUGGAGCUGCUUUGAACUCAGUUCACAUUUUUUGGAGUUGCUCUAUUAUUUGUUGCUAAAAAAUUUGGAAAGUGAACUUCAAUUGUGAGCAAAUGUGUUUGUCUUCCCCUUUCAGUUUUCUCUUUGGAUGUUUUGCCACCAGUCCCAGUAAAAAUGGCCUGCAUUCAUUAA